AUGCCGUUUGAUCGCUUUAAUGGUAGUGACGUUGCCUUAGAAACCAUAACGUGUCCAAUACUGAACAAGAAAUACGGCACGAUAGUUACAUGUAUUGAUAAGUUGUCUGAAUAUGAUAUGGAAUGUAACCUGACAUGCGAAAAGGGAAAAGUUUUAACAAAUGGGCAAAGACCAUAUGAAAAGUACAAAUGCGGUCCGAAAACUGGUUAUAUAUGGGAACCAACUGAUAAGAUGCCAGCAUGUGUUGAUGCGCAUGUUCCUGACAAACUUGGAACACAGGUUAGUGUAAGAUAUACAGACGCUGUUCCUGAUUCCGACGCGGAUAACGUCAUAUCAUCCGUUGAACAGAAGUUUAUUGGCCUUAAGUGUGAUACGUGUCAAUUAAAGUCUACCAUUGUCUCAAAUAACGAGUCGAAACUGUCAAAUUCGUCUACAUUAACUCUGCAGUUUUCUAAACAACUGACAGGCAAUGGGGAUAUCGCACUGACGGAUUACUUAACAAACGGAACAGAAACAGCAGCGAUGGCAGAGCUACUGGAUACAUUCAGCUCAAUGAAUGAGAUAGCUGAGUUUAUACAAACUAACUCAACAUCCAUCUUUGAUGUAAGUGUUGGUGGAGUCGAGUACACAACAGACAGUAGCUCUAUUUCGUUUGCUGGAACAGUAACCUGUGCUGAUGGGUACGCAGGAGCUGGUGGACUAUGUGCACAAUGUGCCACUGGAACGAAACUAAAAUUUCCAGAUUGUGUUAGUUGUGAAAUUGGAACGUAUCAGCCACUUGAAGGUCAAAGUGAAUGUUUACCCUGUCCAGAUGGGUAUACAACUUCUACCUUUGGUGCUUCAGAUAUAUCAGAAUGUGCAUUUAUCAUACAGAGUUACUCCUCUACAGUGAGCACAGUAACUGGCAAAGAUGAUAAAAAUGGAAAUGGUGAAGAUGAUAAAACAACUGUGCUAGUGGUUGCUCUAGUUGUUUGUGUAAUCGUCAUAUGUACAAUUGCUGUCGUAGCUUUCGUAUUUUGGAAGAAACAGGCGCGACGUCGCUUUGCAAGGAAUGAAACUGCAGGUAGUUUUAUCAGCCUCAGUAUGGUGCUUCCGGAGACAAGAGUUACUGUAGAAAAUGCUAAAUCAAGUUUCAAUAAGGAACUACUUGUGCCUGCGCAAGCGAAAUCAUCAUAUGAAAAUACAAUAUACGGUACCAGUUAA